AUGCAUCUCGCGCUGCGUCUCGUGCAGAGAUCGCCCGGCAAAACUUCGGACCUGCGGAAAGAGGGUUUCUCCACGGCCACCGACUACUGGCUGUGCAAGCCGGCCCUCGCCGUCGUCCUGAUAGCCCUGGUGGCCGCCGUCACGUGGGCUGUGGUGAAGCGUCGUUAUUUCGCGCAAGAAGCUCUGGUGGCCCGCGUUUGCCAGUCGCGCGCGUGCCGUUAUUACGCCGACCUCAUGACUUCGGCUAUGGACGCAGACGCGAACCCUUGCGACAACUUCUACGGCCACGUCUGCGGCCGCUGGAUGCGGGCGGGCACGCCUAAUGUGGCGGACGUCAACUGGGCCCGUUUUCUGAAUGAAAGCAUGUCGCGUGUCGCCAACCGCGCUUCUUCCAGAAGCGCUGGCGACGCCAAGGACACCGGUCGCAACGCUGCUCGAUUCAUCAAGGCGUGCCUGGCACCGCUCAGACACAAUAACGUGGACGAAGUGAAGCUGGUGUUGGCAGCGGGCGGAAUGUUAUGGCCCUUCGGGCCGGGCUCUGGACAAACCGAUUUUCUCUCGGCACUCUUCUACAUGGUGCGGCGCGUCGGAGCUCCGAUAUUUUUCGAUGUCACGUGCACUGACGCUACAGAACGACUGUCCGUACUGUAUUCUCGAGACGCGACCUACGAAGCGACGUACGCCAAGCUUACGGAGCACGUGCACGUGUUACACGCCCAGGACCACUACCACGUGUGUUGCGAGGCGUUCGCUGGGCCCGGGAACCGCACUCGAUGCGAAAGGCUGUUCGAUGAUUUUGUCCAGAUGAAACGUGCUUUCGACGAUUAUUACGCCGGUCAGCUCUCGAAAGACAUCAUCAGCACAAACCUGUCUCAUCUCCAUCAUUACACACCGCGAGUUUCGGAAGCCCGGUGGAGAGCGCUGUUCGAGGUUCACUUCAACGUCACCUUGCGCGACGUCGACGGCUUAGUCAUCGAGGACCCCCGACAGUUCGCCUCGGUGUUUCGGCUUCUCGAGAGUUACGGGGAAGAGAAGAUGCUCGACCUCAUCGGAUGGCUCAGCGUCCAAGUUUUGAUCCAUUACACGAACAAAGGAUUAAUGGACAGCUUCUACCGAUUCCCCGACAUCGCGAGCAACGAGCAUCGACAGCUUUGCUUCACAACAGCCUACAUAGCCUUCGGAUACGCCGUGAACCGUAUAUUUCUGGAAGACGCCGAGGCCGCCAUAAACAGAGUGAAACGCCUCGCUCAAAACCGCAUUCGACCCGCCUUCAGGGCAAUGUUGCGGCGUGGCACUCUGCUUCGCGGGAACCCGGUGCCGGAGCCCAGCGGUGGUAAACUGGAGAUGGCCUUCGAUAUCGUCGAAGGUGCUUUCUCCAGCGAGCAGGAGGGUUCUUCCGAUGCCUUUUCCCAGGUGACGGACCACCCCCUGGCAAACAAAAUGGCGCUCUCGUCGUAUCUCAGGAGCGCCGGACCAAUCAGCGCCAGGAAGGACGCGCACGGGCCGUACUGGUCUUACAGUGCAUUCGACUCGACCUUGAUCGACGGCUUCCGCAUAAACCCGCAGCACUUCGCACUCCCUUGGUACGCUAAGGACGCCCCGCCCGGAGUCCUUCUUGGGGGCAUACUCCUGAGGCUCGCCUCGGCGCUGUUCAUGGACUACGUGGAGCGGUCGCGCAACUUCAACGCCACGUACGAGGCGAAUCGUAGGUGCCUCGAUCUCGAUCCACGAGUGCCGAGCGGGAGGGACGACAGGGACCUGCAGGCGGUCACAGCUGCUAUGAACGUCGUAGCGAGCCUGUACCAGGAAUCGCCCGCUGACUCUGCUGUCGCGCCCAUGGACAGCCCGCUGUUUUCUAGCGACGGAUUCAUGUUCGCCUUCGCGUGCUGGCUCCACUGCGGCGACGCGCAGCGCGGGAGCGUCAUGUGCAACACGCCGCUGAGGCACAACCCGCAGUUUUCUCGGGUUUUCGCCUGCCCCAAAGACUCGUACAUGAACCCGGGGUUCAAAUGCACGCUGCAAGUUUAA